AUGCCAGGGAACUUGCUGCAAGGAGAGAUGGCUCCUUUAUAUACGACCACCACCACCAUCACAGCACCUCCCUCUGGGGCCAUGCAGAGAGGAAGAGACAAGUUAAAGACGGUGCCCCUCUACCUGGAAGAAGACAUCCGCCCGGAAAUGAAGGAAGAUAUCCACGACCCCAGCUACCAGGAUGAGGAGGGGCCGCCGCCCAAGCUGGAGUACGUCUGGAGAAACAUCAUCCUCAUGGCGCUGCUGCAUCUAGGGGCGCUGUACGGUAUCACCCUGCUUCCCUCCUGCAGGCUCUACACCUUGCUCUGGGCACAUUUCUACUAUGUGAUCAGUAUUUUGGGCAUUGGAGCUGGAGUUCACCGCCUGUGGAGCCACAGAACUUACAAAGCGCGGCUGCCCCUGCGGCUCUUCCUCAUCAUUGCCAACACCAUGGCUUUCCAGAAUGAUGUGUAUGAAUGGGCCCGAGACCACCGCGCCCACCACAAGUUCUCAGAGACGCACGCCGACCCCCACGAUUCCCGGCGGGGCUUUUUCUUCUCUCACGUGGGUUGGCUGCUGGUGCGCAAACACCCGGCUGUCAAAGAGAAGGGCGGGAAGCUGGACAUGUCUGACCUAAAAGCCGAGAAGCUGGUGAUGUUCCAGAGGAGGUACUACAAGCCUGGCGUCCUGCUCCUGUGCUUCAUCCUGCCCACGCUGGUGCCCUGGUACUGCUGGGGCGAAACUUUCCGACACAGUUUGUACGUUGCCACGUUCCUGCGCUACGCCGUGGUGCUCAACGCCACCUGGCUGGUGAACAGCGCCGCCCACCUCUACGGCUACCGCCCCUACGACAAGAGCAUUGAUCCCCGGGAGAACGUCCUGGUUUCCUUUGGAAGUCUGGGCGAGGGCUUCCACAACUACCAUCACGCCUUCCCCUACGACUACUCUGCCAGUGAGUACCGCUGGCACGUCAACUUCACCACGUUCUUCAUCGACUGCAUGGCUGCCCUCGGCCUGGCUUACGACCGGAAGAAAGUAUCUAAGGCUGCUGUUCUAGCCAGGAUUAAAAGGACUGGAGAUGGGAGCCACAAGAGUGGCUGAGUUUGGGGGUCUUCUGGGUUUCUAAUCCAAAAGCCAGCUGAACAGAGGUUUAACAAUGUUAUGAUGUUCCACAGAGUCCCAUUUCAAGACAGUAUUCUUGUAAAAUAUUCAAAUAUUAAAAGGCAAACUCUUUUAUGAUGCUGAGCAGAAACUUUUUCUGUUCUUAGUCUUCUCUUCCAGGGGCCUUUUUAUUCCUUCUCAUUUCCCUUUUAUUACUUUAUUGCCUUCCAGGUAAGCUGCAGGUGAGCAAAAGGUUGGAACAGACCUUUGAAAGCUCAGCAAAUGUUUUUGUUUUGUUUUGUCUUUUUAAUUAAAGAACUCCACUUAUAGCACACUUUCCUAGAUCUCUCUUGAGCCUUAAGGAAGAUGUCUCAAGCUAAAACUCCAACCAGGUCUUCCUGGAUGUUCCCUGUUUACUAUCCUCAGGCCACAUAAAAGAUGAAAACAGACACACACAAUACAUACACACACCACCAAAAAGACAAAACAAAACAACAACAACAAAACACCUGACUUCCCUGGCACAGAGCUUGCAUUGCAUUAAAAUAUCAGGGGAGAGAGCUGCCAUGCCAGCUAUGCUCCUUAGGCUGGGAUCAUGUUACACAAAAUAGUUAUAAAAAAUGGUCUUCCUGUGCUCAGACCCAGCUGCUCCCCAGGCACACCUGCAGCCCCUCCCACGGCUUUGUUCUUUUCUGUCUUGACCCCAGAGCCUGGCAAUGAAAUUCCUCCCAUUAAAAGACAAAAGAUGGAAAGUUUGAGGGAUAGUGUUGGUAGGCAGAUUCUGAGAGACAUCUUUCCAAGGAAAAGCUGUUUGGAUUAAAGAUUUCCUGAUCAGGGGCUCUUCUGAAACAGCUUCAAAGCUGUGUACCUUUAUUAGUCCAAUUUGCUCCUUGGAUGGAUUAAAAUCCAGGCAUCCCUGCACAGUGUCUUGCUCCUUGCCUCAUUCCUUCCUGUUAUGUUUUAUGUUCAUGAUUAUCCUAGGCCAGUGAUUAUUUGUUGCAUAUAACUGGCUUAAUGAAGCAGCUGGGAGAUGCUGUGCAGGCUGCUAGGGGAGAAUUUUCCCUAACAACCUUCCUUGGCUGUGGACGCUGUAGUCAGUGAAUGGACUGGUCAAGCAACAUGCCCACCAGUACGAUAGCAGCAAGUCCGGUAGGAGGGGUAACCAACUGAUCCGUGGGUAGAUUUGAGACCCACUCCCUAGAAGGCAAUUCAGACAGCCUGUGGCUGGGGGACAGUGAGAUGGUUCAGCAGGCAAAAGCACUUGCUGCAAAAGCCUGAUGACCUAAAGCCGAUCCCAGAGGCCCUGCACAAAGCUGAAUGCAGUGGCGCGUUUCUGUAAUUCCAGUCCACCUAUGGAGAGAUGGGAGGCACAGAAAGGAAGACCGCCUAGAAGCUUGCUGGCCAGCUAGACAGGAGUAGCUUGGCAAAAGAGACCCUGCCUCAGAAACAAGGUAAAAGAACUGACUCCCAUCAGAGACCUGUGAAGAAUAAAUUAGAGCAGGGAGUAUAAUCCAAACAGCCUAUGAGUUGAUUAAAGUGACAGAGACUUAUCCAUUACCUAGACAACCACCCCACUGGGCACCUGUGGUGUCAAUGGCUUCACCAAGGGCACAGGUCCCAGGGGACAUCAGUCUUCGGCUGCCAGGACCAGUAAACUUUUCUGUGAAGCAGGAACUUGGGAAGGCUCUCCUAUCUUUGGCUAGGCUGCCUGUCCACAGUUUGCUUUAUACCAUGUGGUCAUCUUAAGACAGUGAAGCCAAAUGACAGGUUGUAAGUCAUAGGAUUG